AUGGGAAACAUCAUAGGUUCUUCUCCGGCGAAACUCUACGCGCCCGAGACGUGGUCACGAUGUUACACGGAGGACGACACCGUGAUACACAACUUCGAGAUCGCCGACUUCUCGCUGAUCGACGGCAUGGGCGCCGGAAGCUGGGUCACGUCGAGCACGUUCAGCGCCGGCGGAUGCGAGUGGGACAUCAUGUUCUACCCCGACGGGCUCAAGAAGAACGAGGCCGGAUGUGCCCACGCCAACACACCGGCGGUCUUCCUCCGUCUCCGUAGAGGACAACCAGGGGUGGAGGUGAUGACCAAGUACACUCUGAGCAUAUGGGGCAAGGAUGGCCAAGUCGUUGAGCAACCGAGCCUGCGGCACACAUUCACUCCCAUGGUUGCGAGCUGGGGCUACGAGGGCUUUGUUCCCAAGUCCAAGCUGCGUGCCCUCAAAGACGACUGCUUCACCAUCAGAUGUGUCUUGACGGUCUUGUUGAAAGAGCGCCACAUGGAAGAUGUGAGCGCCUUCAUCGUCCCGAUCCCGCCGUCGAACUUUCACCAAGACUUUGGGAACAUGUUGAAGGACGGGGAAGGCACGGAUGUGACGUUCGUCGUGGGCGACCAAUCGUUUCAGGCUCAUAGAGUUGUGUUGGCCGGUCGGACGCCGUUCUUCAGGUCGGAGCUCUCCGGUCCGAUGAAAGAGAACAAGAUGCAGCACAUCAGCAUCGAUGACGUGGAGCCCUCUGUAUUCAAGGCGCUUCUUCACUUUAUAUACACAGAUGCCCUGCCGGAUAAUCGCGAUCUCAAGAAGAACACGACACUGCAGCAUUUGCUGGUUGCUGCGGAUCGGUACGGGUUGGACAGGCUAGCGGCCAUGUGUGAAGGAGAGCUAUGCCGAAGCAUUGACGUGCAGACAGUUGCAACCACCCUAACGUUAGCGAAGCAGCAUUGUCGCGAGCGACUGAAAGACGUUUGCGUUGACUUUAUGUCUGCGCGUGAUGUAUUCGAUAUUGUCAAGAAGACCAAUGGAUUCAAGCACCUUGUGACAAGCUGUCCGGAGGUUAUAUCAGAUAUUUUACAAGAAAAUUUGCCCUUGCCAGAGGUGGUGCGGACCAAUCCGCGGAGGACACCCGGAUGGCUCAAGAGGCAGCAGCAUGCAUCGCAGAUUACUACCCUGUAA